AUGGAAUCCAAUAAUCAUGUAGAACAAAUAAAGAAAGAAUUACGUCAAAUUAAUGAUUAUAUUGUAUUUCAUACUCAACUUGAAUCUUGCAUUACAUUUAUUCAAUCGAUUGAUAAUGAAAAAAUCUUCUUCGUUUCUUCAAUCUCUGAUAUAUUACAAAUAUCAUCACAUCUUGAAAUUUUAUCUCAAAUUGACAGUAUCUUUAUCUUCAAUUGGGAACAAGUUGAUCAUGAACAUUUAGUUCUUGCAAAUUCAAAAUUGAUUGGUAUUUAUAAUGACUUCGAUCUAUUAUGUUUAUCAAUCCAAGAACAAGUCCAUUUUCUCUAUCGACAUUUACAAACAUUCAGCUUCUUGGAUCAAGAUGAAUAUUUGGCAAAAGAUCUAUCAAAACAAACUAUUGAUCUUCUUUGGUUUCAACUUUAUCGUGAUGUUCUCUUUCAGUUAACAUACGAUGAAGAAGCUAAACAAGAAAUGAUAGAUGUAUGUCGCUCCUAUUAUCGUGAUAAUAUCAAAGAAUUGAAAAUGAUUGAAGAAUUUAAAAAUAAACAUCGAUCAGAAGAAGCUCUUCAAUGGUAUCUGAAAAAAUCAUUUCUCUAUAAAAUCAUCAAUAAAGCAUUGAGAAUCAAAGACUUCGAUCAACUUCACAUAUUUCGAUAUUUUAUGAAAGAUUUGAUAGAAAAUUUCAUUCGAGAACAUCAAAAAUUACUUCAAUCUGAUAAAGAAAUAUUAUUUACUUAUCGUGAAAUGAAAAUAACAAAGGAUCAAAUCGAGAAAUUCAAAGAGAACAAAGGUAAAUUAAUUUCAAUCAAUGGUUUUUUUUCAACAAAUAUUUUUUGUUCAACUGCAUUGAAACAAGAAUUAAAACUUUCGAAACAAAAUGAACUCAUUUCUGUUAUCUUACAAAUUCAAAUCGAUCUACAACAUCUGAACAAUAGUGUUAUUAUUGUUGACAAUGUUCAUUUUAGUGAAUUUCCAUAUGAUGAACAACAAGAAAUUCUUUUCGAUUCUAAUGUUACUUUUCGAUUGGAGAAAGUAAGAAUGGAAGGCGAAAUUUGGUUGAUUGAAAUGACUGCAUCGAAUGAUGGUCAAAUUAUUAAAGAAAAAUAUAUCAAAGAUUCACAUCGACAAAUGGAAGAUUUAAGCAUUGAAAUUCUCUUUGGACGAUUGAUGUGCGAUAUAGGUCAAUGGAAUCAAUCACAAUAUUUCUUUGAAUAUUUAUUAAGCAAAUCGAAUAAUAACAAUGAAGAUCUUGCAAAAGUUGAAUAUAGUCUUGGUGAUGUUCUUCAAUGGAAAGGAGAAUGGACUGAAGCACGAAAAUAUUAUGAUCAUGCUUAUGAGAGAUUAAUAAGUGUCAAACCAACACGAAUCAAAGAUUUAACUUAUAUACUCUUUAAAAUUGGUGAGAUUCUCUAUACAGAAGGAAAAUAUGAAGAAGCUCGCGAUUAUUAUGAACGAGCAUUGACAAUUCGAAAAGAAAAUUCUUCUUCUAAGGUCAAUAAGCUCUAUUCAAUGAUACAUCAACGUAGCCGUCUACUAAGUCGUGUUCGCGCAUCUUUCAGGCCGAUUUUAUUGAAUUUAGCUGGAUUCUUUCAAAUGCGGUUUCGAUCAUUUCGAACUAAAAACGUCGAAGAAAUUUCUCGUCAAAUCCCGUCGAAAUAUACGGUAGACAAAAUUGAACGCGUCGACGGAAAAUUAACCGAAAGACGUUGGUUAGAAAUAUAUGGAAACAUAGAAGAAACUGGCAAGUUACAGAUGAGUGAUAGCGUGUUUAUUGCUACUAUCAUCCGUUGUUUCGGUAAGAUCUUCGAUCAACAAGAAAAAUAUGAUGAAGCACUUAUCUUUCAUCAAAAAGCAUUGACAAUACUCGAAGAAUAUUAU